AUGGCACAUGAAACAGAGAAUACAAGGAACUCAGCAGCAGGUCAUUCUAUGAUGGAGAUAGAGGCGAGCAAACCCUCAGGGCAUGGGGUUGUAGCAGGUGGGUUGAGCCCUCUGAGUGAGACUUUGUGGAGGGAGAAGGCCAGUCUUGAAAUUGUAGGGGAUGUUUCUGCCAGGCUUACUUGGAAGGAUCUGACGGUGACGGUGACUCUGAGCAAAGGUGAGACACAGAAAGUGUUGGAGGGUCUAACUGGUUAUGCUGAACCUGGAACCUUCACAGCUCUCAUGGGUCCUUCUGGUUCUGGCAAAUCAACUUUACUUGACGCUCUCUCUAGUCGCUUGGCGGCCAAUGCUUUCCUCUCUGGCACCAUCCUUCUCAAUGGCCGCAAAAGAAAGCUUUCUUUUGGCACUGCUGCCUAUGUGACCCAAGAUGACAAUUUGAUUGGAACCUUAACGGUACGAGAAACCAUUUCGUAUUCAGCUAGAUUAAGGCUGCCCGAUAAGAUGUCUUGGUCAAAAAAGAGAGCGCUGAUUGAGAGUACAAUCAUAGAGAUGGGUUUGCAGGAUUGCGCAGACACAGUUAUUGGAAAUUGGCAUUUGCGUGGGAUCAGUGGGGGAGAGAAGAGAAGGGUCAGCAUUGCUCUUGAAAUCUUGACGAGGCCUAGACUGCUCUUCCUUGAUGAGCCAACCAGUGGACUUGAUAGUGCUUCGGCAUUUUUCGUGACUCAGACACUACGUGCCCUAGCACGAGACGGGAGGACUGUCAUAGCCUCAAUUCACCAGCCAAGUAGUGAAGUCUUUGAACUAUUUGAUCAAUUGUACUUGCUUUCUAGUGGCAAAACUGUUUAUUUUGGUCAGGCAUCGGAUGCAUACGAGUUCUUUGCACAAGCUGGAUUUCCCUGCCCGGCUUUGAGGAACCCUUCUGAUCAUUUUCUUAGAUGCGUAAACUCUGACUUCGAUAAAGUAAAGGCCACAUUGAAAGGGUCCAUGAAACUCAGGGUUGAGGCAAGUGAUGAUCCUCUGGAGAAGAUUACCACUGCUGAAGCUAUAAGAGUUCUUAUAGACUCCUUUCGGACUUCUCAAUACUCUUAUGCAGCUAGAGAAAAAGUUGAGGAGAUAUCCAAAGUUAAAGGAACUGUGCUAGAUUCUGGAGGAAGUCAGGCUAGUUUCUUGAUGCAGGCCUUCACAUUGUCCAAGCGUUCAUUUAUCAACAUGUCAAGGGACUUUGGCUAUUACUGGCUCAGGCUCGUUAUUUACAUUGUUGUCACAGUCUGUAUUGGAACCAUCUAUUUGAAUGUGGGAACGGGUUACAAUUCGAUUCUGGCGAGGGGUUCAUGUGCAUCUUUUGUAUUUGGUUUUGUCACGUUCAUGUCAAUCGGUGGGUUUCCUUCAUUCGUAGAGGAUAUGAAGGUUUUCCAAAGAGAGAGGCUGAAUGGCCACUAUGGUGUCACUGCAUUUGUCAUCAGCAACACACUCUCUGCAAUGCCAUUCCUGAUACUGAUCACCUUUCUCGCAGGAACAGUUUGUUACUACAUGGUCCGUCUCCACCCUGGCUUCAAGCAUUAUCUAUUCUUUGUGCUGUGCCUUUAUGCAAGUGUCACUGUAGUUGAGAGUUUGAUGAUGGCCAUAGCCAGUAUCGUCCCCAACUUCCUCAUGGGCAUUAUCAUAGGGGCUGGAAUUCAGGGUAUCUUCAUGCUAGUCUCUGGGUACUUCAGGCUCCCAAAUGACAUCCCAAAGCCCGUCUGGCGUUACCCUAUGUCUACAUCAGCUUCCACUUCUGGGCUUUACAGGGGCAAUAUCAGAAUGACCUGA